GCGUUCUUUUAAGUGGGGAUGAUAUUUGAGAUGCACUUGGGAUAUCGGACUUUUCUUUGGGUGUACUUUUGGUGUAGAAGCUGCUUCCGUUCCCGACAGAGCAAGAAACACCAAUUGGCCGCAGCGGGAAAGUAUAAGAUUCGGAACCUGGGUGACCACGAUGGAAAAUGUGGAUAUAUUCAUGUAAGGAAGCAGGAACAGCAAUUUUAGGAGCUUUGGAAAAAUGCCAUCGUCCAUCAACAGCUCAUCUCUGUUGAACAUUAUAACAAUGGCAGUAGAAGAGACACUGGAGUACAUCCAAGAAUUUCCAACCCACUAUAAGGUGAUAAUGGAUCGGUUGAAUGAACAGCGGCAACAAGAUCAGUUCACAGACAUCACGUUGAUUGUUGAUGGUGACCAGUUUAAAGCUCACAAGGCUGUCCUUGCUGCUUGUAGCCAGUUUUUCUACAAAUUCUUUCAGGAUUUUACUCAGGAACCCUUGGUGGAAAUAGAAGGAGCAAGGACGACUGUUCAACAGAUUCUCCAGAAAAGACACAAGGGAACCCUAAGGUAAAAAAGAGAAAAAUAGCAGAAACCUCAAAUGUUAUCACAGAAACACUGCCUUCUAUGGAGGGUGAAUCAGUUGAAAUUGAAGUAGAAAUUGCUGAUGGAACAGUUGAGGUAGAGGAAGAUGGCCUUGAAACAUUAGAAGAAGUUACAUCUACAGAGCAGUUGGUGACAGAGUUUCAAGGGACAGAUACAUCUGAUGACUCUGCCCUUGCACUACUGGCAGACAUAACCAGUAAGUACCAGCAAGAUGAUCGGAAACCUCAGAUGGUAGAGGAGGAGGAAGAAAGUACAACUGAUUCUACAGUUAAUUCAGAGUCCACAAACAAACAGGUAGAAGGCAUUGAAAUUGUGGAGGUACAACUGUCACAUAUUGACAACCUUUUCCGUUGUGAAAAAUGUAACCGUUCAUUUAAACUGUUUUACCAUUUUAAGGAACACUUAAAGUUACACUCCAGUGAAAGUUUCAAAUGCCAGAUCUGUAAUAAGCGGUACACCCGAGAGAGUGCAUGGCGACAGCACCUGAGUGUUUACCAUCUUGAAGAGGGUGGCUCAGCUAAAAAACCACGACCUGGGAAGAAAAUACAUGUAUGCCAGUAUUGCGAUAAACAGUUUGACCAUUUUGGCCAUUUUAAAGAACAUCUUCGGAAACACACAGGUGAAAAACCAUUUGAGUGUCCUAACUGCCAUGAACGUUUUGCCAGAAAUAGCACACUUAAAUGUCAUCUGACAGCCUGCCAAUCUGGUGUUGGUGCAAAAAAGGGAAGAAAAAAGCUUUAUGAAUGCCAGGUUUGCAAUAGUGUGUUCAAUAGCUGGGACCAGUUUAAAGACCAUCUUGUAAUACAUACAGGAGAAAAACCGAAUCACUGCACUGUAUGCGAUGUAUGGUUUAUGCAAAGCAAUGAACUGCGGAAACAUCUCAAGGAAAUACAUGAUAUUACGGAGCGAAUAGUGACAGAGGUUGUUCUACCAGUAGAAGCAAUUGAAACAGAAUCAACAACUAUCAUUGAACAAGUUGAGCAGGUACAUGUGCUACCAAUAGAUCAGGUCCAUGUUGAACAAGUAAUUCAGGUCCACAUGGACUCUGCAGAACUGAGUGAAGAAGAAGUUCAGUCAGACUUACCAGAUGACAGUGAUGUAAAAAGUACAGAGGUAAUGGAAAUCCAUACAGGGCAUAUGCAGGUAGACCAUUUAGAAGUGGAACAGCUUCAUAUUGAGCAAGUAGAUCAUGCAGAAGUUGCCCAAGUGGAUGAAGUUCAAAUGGAAGAGCUUCAUGUUGAACAUGUGAAUCAAAUACAGCUGGAAGAUGUGCAGACUGAUAUAGUAGAUCAAGUCGAAGUAAUAGAAACUGAACAUGUUGAGCAGUUAGAAAUGGAAGAGAUCAAGGAGGAUGGCAUGGAACAGGUAGAAGUGCAUAAAAUAGAACCACAUGAGCAAGUAGCAGUGUAAUUCUUUUCAGAAACUGCAAACUUGUCACCUCAUGACCAAACGGGGCCAAAGCUUCAAUAUUUCUGUUAAAGAAUUUUUCAGAAGACAUGCUUGUGGUUUAGGGUUGGUACGAUGUACUCCAUAAUGGAUCCAUGACCUUGCAGUACUAAAAUUUGUUAAAAUGGAACUUGUUUUGUAGCAUACAACCCAUUCAAAGUGACAUAAUGCUUUGUAAAGAUUUCAUCUUUUUUUUAUGUAUUUAUGUUCUAGUUCUGAUAUUUCUGCGGAGGUUUACAACAGCUUCUGUAGGUAGUGAAAUCAUCUUUAUAUAUACAAGUGUUUUCAUAAUUUCCAGUAUCAGCUGCAUAGCACAGUGCUCUAGUAAGAAGCUGUGGUCUACUUCACUGUCCAAUGGAGGUCUACUGGAAAGCAGUGGAAGUGCAUGGCUUUCAGAAAGAAGUCCUUCCACAGAUCAUGUUCCCAGUAGUCUUGUUCUAUUUUAUUAUUCAUUGAAAUAUAAAAGUGCAAGUAUCAUUUAAUUGUAGUGACUGCUUUCUCAAUCCUCUGAAAAGAAAACUAAAUUGUUUUUUGUUAAAGGAGUAUGCUAAUUUUUUACCCAGUGUUUGGCAGAUGUAGUGCUCAACAGUUAAAUUUAGCUGUACUGAAGCAGUCUGGGGCCUGUUUUAUUGUAUUGGUAAGACCACUUAUGUUUCAAAAUGGGGAAAGCUAGAACAUACUGUUGUAAAUAAAUUAUUGUAAUUGGAUUGGGUGCUAGUUUCUGUCCAUUGAGUUUAAAGAAGCUGUCUUGUUACUUGAAGCUUUCUGCUGUUUAGCACAGUCACAGUAUCUGUGAUCAUAUGCAAGUGAGUUAAUUACUAGCACAUGUGGAAAGAUUUCUAGUCAGCAGUUAAUUUAUUUGCUCCUCUUGACAGCCUUCAGUGAUGUGACACUAAAAUAUUUCAUGAACCCACAGAGAUGAGACUUUAGUUGAAACAAAAUACUCUUAUGAUGCAUUUCCAUUAGAUACUCAGUGGAAGGGAACGGACCACAUUUAUUUGCUCCUCUUCCAAUUGAAGUGCUAUCCUAAUUUAAUGUGUUUUUCUGUGCAUACAUGUAAAUUACAUGGAAGCUGUUGAGCACUUUCUCUCUAUCCAGAUGUUUGGACUUUGUGCCCCACUGCUGUGGACAUGCAUUUGCCUUGAUACCAUCCUCUGUGUAACAAAAGAUAAUCAUGGAAGUCCGUUCAUAUUUCAGAUGCUUUCUUUUAGUUUUCUUGAUGCACUGCAUGUUUGCCUAGCCACAAGAGUGUCCUGGUGUCAGGAGCUGAAAUAAGUAGUGAGAAUUUCUGUAAAAUCCUACCUGAUAAAAAGUGCUCUUGUUCAUAUUUGUUUCUUUCAGUCCUGCUAUAUUUACAAGUGCUGCAUUCCUUUAUAUUAAGGAUAUGAAAUAGUAUAACCAAGUAAAAGUAAAAUGGCAAAAAAAGAAAAGUAUAAUUCAUGUACCCAACAACAGAUUAGGGUAAUCCUAAUGUUUGGCAGUGAUUCAUUCUGCAUGUCAAAUUUGUUCUGAAAAAGUGUUUAACAUCUUUAUUUGUAUUCCAUUACAUGGUUUCAGAUGUAACAUUUUCUGGCAAGUACUUUUCCAGCUGUUCAUGUUAAAAGUUUGUUUUAUAGCAUAUUGACAUCGACUUUCAUACCAGGAACCUGUGAGAUAAUUUGUCUCAUCACUUGGAAGUUAGGCUAUAUUUGAGGAAUAGAGUUAGUCCUUUGCUGUAUUCUAGCAGCAACAAAGACCUUCAAGAAUGAAUAGUUUUGUAUAACUUGUGUACACUAAACUUAAGUGUACACUAUUACCUUAAAACAAUUUAAAGCCAUAGGUCACAAAUAAAAGCACUAAAAUGUGGGUUUAAAAUGAGACUUUAAAUAGUGGUAUUUAUAUCCGUAUCACUGAAAUAAAACUCGCUUAGAAGCAGUA